AAUAGUGAAGGUUGAAAACCAACUAGCUAGAGUCUACAAUACAGUAUUCAAACAAUGAUAUGAUAUUUUAUUUAUAAGAUAUUGUACAGUCACCACGGAUCUUGCUUUUGAUCGCAACAUCGCAACCAUCCAGCCUCCAUCAGCGAUCGAGCAAUCAUUCUUUUUGUGGUCCGUCAAGAGGAAAGCUGUGUUGUUACCACCACCAGGUGUCGGCUUUAGUUGCUUCAGAGCCUCAAUCGAUUGCUGGACUUGACACCCUUUCUUCUUUGCCCAAAACCAAAGAGCUAGCCUUUUGGUAUCACACAAAGGAGUGCAACAAAUACCUGCUUUAAAUAUAUAUUAUUGAAGGAUGGCAACGGAAAACCCCGAAAGUGCGGAAGCGGACGAGUUCUUCGAUCCCCUGGAAGGGAGCGGAUCCGACAAGGUGGAAACAGUGACAGAGGAGGUUGCUUCUGAUCCUGGUAAUAUUAUUGAUGAUAUUGAUGACCCGCUGCUUGGAAAGGAGGGAAAUGACAGCAACGACUGGUCACCCCAUAAUAGUUUCCUGGCAGACUCGCCUUAUUUCAGUGCCUUUGUGGAGAAUGACACCAAAUCGCUGUCAAUUCUCGUGGAGUCCUUGCAAGAUAUCUCGGCCAGAACCAAGACUUUCUCCAAGUGUGGAGCUUUAAUGGCCGAAUCCACUCGUCGAUUGGCCUAUUCCUGUCGUCUGAAACGCGAUAAUGACUUGUCAGAAGACAUGACAGAAGAAGAAAAAGUGGAGCAGGAAGCAAAGCUACGCAAGGAAAGGCGCAGAGCACUUGGGUAUGAAAUGGCCGAUCUUUUGGAACUCUUAGGCGAGGUCCUGGAAGAAAUUGCUGCCGCUCAAAUGAAUAUGGUCAACGUCUUUGAUUCGACCCUGGGUAUGUCUUUGGAAGCAUUCGCAGGGACAGAACUCAUGACGGUCAGUAUGCUCAAACAAGAGGCAGAGCAAAGCACAGAAUCAUCUGAAAAUAUUUUCUUUCGGUAUCUGAACGGAAAAAACGCUGCGGGAACCCUAGGCCUUUUUGGUCUCGACGACAACCCAGCUUCCGCCAUGAUGUCACAUGACCCAAAAAAACCAUCGUCUUCCUCCAUGCUCUCGUCCAAGUUUAAGAACUGGAGAAACAAAGGACAAGAGCAGGGAAGAAAAGGCGACACCAGACGAACGGCGGAUGGCGGUCGGAGUUCCUCCAACAAUCCAGAGGACUCCUCCUUGGCCAUGGCCACGACAGCUGCCAAUCUGCGACUCACUCUGGAACAGAUUAGGUUGGGACAGGCCACGGCCGAGCUGAAACGAUUCCAAUUACUCAAACAUCUCGUGGGCAUCAAGCAUCGUCGAAACUUUGAACUGUGCGAGGGAGCUCUGGCAUCUCUUCAUGGCAUGCGAACUUGUUUCCAUCAGUCAUUCGAUGUGGUUCAGGCUCUGGGUCCACGAAUGAUGAAAAUUCAAACGGCGGAAAACGAAAUGAAAAUCAAUCACGAAAAAAAGAUCAUGCCUGUCUGGAACGAACGAGAAAAUACCAUCAUCAAAACCAUUGAUAAGAUGCACGAGGGCUUGGCGGAUGCUUCGUUCGUGUCAGCAGCAGUGGCUAGCGGUGACCCCGCACUGAUAGAUCAACAGGCACUGGCGUUGGGUAAAAUUGAAGAGCAAACGAAAAUCUGGGAGCUGCCAGAAGUGCUCGCGAAAACAUCUAGAUAUCGCCGGGAAUCACCUGAUGGCAUCUUGGUGGAAGGCUGGCUGUACAAAAAAAGCACUGCUCGUAUGUCCUUGCAACCGUGGCACAGGCGGUGGUUCAUGAUGAACAAAGACGCAAUCUACUACUAUCGCACCAGCUCGGAAAUUCGGAAAAAUGCCAGUGGUGACGACAAGGAAUGUAUGCACACAUCGCAACGCGUGAAAGUAUGUGACAUUGUGCUUUGUACCAUCCGUGAGCUUCCUGAUGAUGGAAACAAUCGCUUCUGUUUUGAAGUGAUCACACCCAACCAUAAACCACUUGCCUUGCAAGCAAGAGGACCCCUUGAGUUCAAAAGAUGGAUUGAUGCCAUUCGUGCCAACGUUGAAAAUCAGUUGGUUUAUGGAGAUCCCCAUUCGGAUCAGCUGAACAAAAACAUUGGAAAGAAGAAUGUAAUCCGAGAGUCCAGCAAUGGCACUGCUUCGAAGGAGUCCCAGCUGCCACCAGGCCUCAGCGACAAUACAUCUAGAGACAGCAACGACUUCUCUGCACGUGAUUCUAGAGAUGAUUCCGCCAAGAGGCUUCCUGCCCAUGCAUCAGCUGAAAGUUCCAAAAAGCCCAAGAACCCUCUCGUUCAGAAGAUUAUGGACACGAAUCCAAUAUGUGCGGAUUGCAACACACGAGCACCCGACUGGGCGUCACUGAAUCUGGGAGUUUUGCUUUGUAUACAAUGCAGCGGCAUUCACCGAUCACUGGGGGUCCACGUUAGCAAGGUGCGGUCACUUACGCUGGAUUCAUUGACCGACGGUGAAAGUCGCCUUCUACUUUCCAUGGGCAAUGAGAAGGCGAAUGCAAUAUGGGAGAAAGGUUUGUCUCUCCAAAAAGGAUGGAAGAAGCCCGAUUCCAGCGCUGAUCGGAAGACGAGGGAAGGCUACAUCAAGAGCAAAUACAUGUGGAAAGGAUUCCUUGCCUACAACGAAUCGGACGGAAAGACGGAAGCGGAACGUAAUGAGCAUUUCAGUCGAGCUCUCUAUGAUGCCGCAAAGGAACGCAAUGUUCUUGGCAUGUCAGAGGCAAUAGCAUUUGGUGCGAAUGUUGAUUGGGUCAAUACGGAAGACGACAACAAAGCUGCACUUCAGGUGAUCGUAAUGGACAUGAAAAGUGACGCUGGCGACUGCAAAGCCAUUGAAUGUGCCGAGCUGUUGCUUCAACACGGAGCAAAAAUGGAAGUCGGAGAGGGAGGCAGUUCCCACAUCCUGGAUUACGCCAACGACAAUGGCGCGGAGAAGGAUAUGGUUGAGUAUUUGUGGACGAAGCUGCCGGAGACUGAGAAGAGGGACAGACUCGGGCUGGAGCUGUAUGAAGCAGCAAAGAGCAGCAACAUUGAUGGAAUGGCGGAGGCACUUGCACGUGGUGCUAGCGUCGACUGGAAAAACGCCAAAGAUGGCGGGAAGAGUUGCAUUCAUGCCUGUGUGCUGGGGAUGCGGCCAGAGGAUGGCACCACAUGGAACGCCCUUGGGUGUGUCGAACUACUCCUGGGAAAAGGGGCUAAACUUGGUGCCUUGGAUAAUGACGGUCAUAACGUUAUGGAUUGUGCUGUUGUUGGCGGGGCCGAGAGAGAAAUGAUUGAAUUCUUGACAACGAAAUUGCCAAAGUAAAUUGCCUGAGUCCGCAUGCCAGAUAGGUUCAUGCAUGUCACCUCGACAAAUCGGAAUUAAUCGUGAUAGAGCAGCUUUACCCGUCCUCUGCCUAGAAGGACUUUGAAUGCAAUGCGGCUAGCUGGGUGAUCCAUUGUCAUUCAAGAUGUUGACGAAUGAUUAGCUCGAAGGGAUGUUGAGUUAUACGUUGUCGCUAAUAUCACUGAUUAUACUUUAGCUCCCAGCUUGAACUGACCCAAAUACACAAGGCUGCUAUCACCCGAAGGAGACUGGGAAAGACUGAAUGCCUCGCUGAUCUCUUCUUCGUGGCCCAUUUCGGUCUGAGUGUCGUCUGAGUCCGAUACGUACUCGACUUCAAUUGCAAUUCCUUCGUCGAGUGUGGCGUCCGUGCCCUUGCUCCCUUUCACUGUCGGCUUCGUUGGAUUCGAUUCUGUGGUCUCUCCUUGACAUAUCGAGUCGGGUCUACAUUUCGAGCAUUUCGCGUUUGCGCCGGUAUCAACGAGCUUCCUCAGCGACUCGGAGGCAGAAUUCAAUCCUGUUGUAAUAGCGUGCAAAUCAAUACCAAUCACAGAUCCGCUGACGUUGUCUGAUAGCUUUUUCAUGUCGAAGGAUUGAUAAGCAUUCUGAAAGGCUUCCGAAAUCUCUUCUUGUAAGACUCCAGACUUCGAGGGCUCCUCUUUGCGGUUUGCGUCAUCCACAGAAGUGUACAUCUCGCUGCCGCUUGCUGCGGAGUCGAAGGAACGACUUGCUUCAGAGCAAUAGGUAGAGUUCGCAUGAGACGACAUGAUAGCAGAACUCGCUGUUGAGUUGUCUGCCGCGAAGCUGCAGGUUGCAUGGGAAUCCACGUCGAGGAACCGAGAAGAUGUGUUGUAUCUGCUCGCCAGACCGCUACACUCGUUCCUUUGGGCCUCGCUGCUCUCAUCUGUGGCGUCGUUCCACUGGACAGAGGAUGUCUUGGUCACCGUUGGGGUCUCUUUUUGGGUGUCCUCCGACUUCGACAGUACUCUCUUGGUAAGGUCUUGUGCUUGUUCAAUCAAACGUUGGUGGGCCGGAGUGAAGGCGGAUUGUGCGAUAGAUGACGGCGCAGUAAAACCCGAAAAUGCCGAACCAGCAUGACUAAAGAAAGAGAGAGUAUCCGAGUGGCCCGAUUCAGACGUUGCUUGUUCAUGACAGCUCGUUUCUGCCUUGUGAGAGGCGUCUUGGUUACGCACUGAUGUAGCUGACUCCGAUCCGGUUUGUAUGAUGUUGCAUUUCUUCUUUGGUCGACACUCAUUGGACCCAUUGGUCCCAUUGGUCGCCUCGGUGUCUUUGUUGCACUGGUCCACCGUAUCUGAAGGGGGUUUUCCUGGCGAACCGGGUUUUGUUGUUUGUUGCGAUAAAUUCGGGCUGUCCAGUUUGCGUCGCUGGGCUCGCAGCUUGCUCCUUUUCAGGAAAUAGGACUGCCGCUGGUUUCGUCGACGCUCGGAGGGCGGCUUCUCACUCGGUGUUGGCUCUUUUCCCAGUCUCCUUUUUACAUAUGACUUCAUCCUCUCUGCAUGCGUUUUCCUACCGGUAGCCAUGUUCGUCGUCGAGUCAGCUUUCUUCUUCUCGGCGUAGGCAGCAGCGACAGAGAAUGGUCGCGAGUUAUCAAUGACACCUUUGGUCACCCUUGGGUCGCCAGUUGUUGCCUUGCCUUCGUGGGUAACACCUGCCGCCAAGGUCGUCUGCUCUUCGUGAGCCACGUCCGGUGUCUCCGCCACAUUGUCUCCGUGCGGGACAUUUGCUUCGUCGCUUGGAUUGUCUUCGUUGACACCAGUACCGUUCGUUUGGCUUUCCGUCGUGACAACCGUUUCUGAAGUUGCCGUUUUCUCGUCGUCCGCCAAGAUUCUUUCCAAAGUUGCCUGGGCUUCGACAGUUCCGACGCUAAGGACAGCUUCUGCGUCCGAAUUGUCUUCGUCCGCCAAGAUUCUUUCUAAGGUUUCAUUGGCUUCGAAAGCUUCGGCGCUACGGACGAGAGUAUCUCUUUCCGUAGUGGUGCUGUUCAUCGCAGCAAGGCCAACAGCGACACUGGCCACGAGAGGAUUAACAUUAUUGACCUCUGGGGACCCCGUCAUUUCUUCGUUUCGCUCUAUCGUAGGGCAGGAAAUGGACGACUGCGGAUAGCUUGGGCCCGGGGAGUCAAGUCUUGUCCUGAAUUCGCAAUCCCCUUUGAUGUUGUCAGCAACGUGAGUUUGGGAAUCAGAAGAGAGACUCGGAGAGACUUUUCCUUGUACCCUGUGGGAUUCGAUUGGGUUUUCUGCGGCAAUUUCCUUUAGCGAGCUGUCGGAAUCAUAUGUUUGCUCUGGAAUAACGAAGAGCUUCGGUGCGAGCUCAAAACUGGUGUUAGACACCAUCUUUGGUGUGGCUUCGACAAACUGCUGGGCGACGAGCGCUUUGGGCAUGGCUUGGGUUGUCUCGAGAGCGACAAGUACCUUCGGUGUGUUUCCCCUGUUAGGUUCUAAGGUCACGGGCACCUUGGGUACGGCUCCGCUGGGUUCCUGAGCUGUGAUUACUUGAGACAAGCUAUCGCUGUUCUCUUGGGUGAUCUGCACCUUGGAUUGGCAGUCGAUAGGCUCUUGGGAAAGCAAAAUCAUGGGUGGGCUUUCACUACGCUGCUCGCUGAUGGGUAUCUUUGGAAGGCUUUCGGAAGACUCCUGCGUCGCGAGCCUCAUCUGCAGCUUUUCAAUGGGUUCAUGGGUUGAUUCCUCUUCGGUGAGGAUUACCUCAGGCAGGCUUUCGAGAGACUCCUGAGUGGCGAGCAUCUCCACCAACGGAGCUUCAAACUGGUUGUAGCUUGUCUCGGCAUUACUGCUAGCCGUCAUCGCAAAAUUUGGAGGGUUCUUGCCUAACUCUUGCUGCGUCUCGUGUUCAACCCAAGGAGAGGAAUCAAAUUGAAUGUCUUUUGGGUUUGUGAUGGUUUGACUUCCAGCACUCAUAGCUACGUCUUGAGCAGUGUUCGUUUUCAAGUAUUCAAAGCUUGCAUCUACGGUAAUUUGUUGAGGAUUGGAAUCUGAGGCUGAUUCUGGGGUAGUGGGCCCCCUUUCAUCUUCAGCCUGACGAGAAGUAGAAGAAUGGACCUCAUUCGGCUUGCUAGUUCGAGUCCCAGAACUCAAAUGGACGUGGCGUGAGUUCACACCCAAGCCUUUCUCAUGGUGGUUGGAUGGCUUCUCAUAUUCAGUACGAGGAACACUUCGGUUGGAGCCCGUAGGAAAAUUCUGAGGGGUUGUUCCCAAGCCUAGCUUCACUGCUUCAGAUGCAUAAAAAGCAGCCUUCGUGGACACCUCCAAUCGAUUUGACGCAGACCCAGACCCAGAUCCAAUAGAUGCCUGAGCCGACUGGCGGCCAUUGGGUUGCGUACUCCACGAGUCUGAUAGAGUCAGUUGUGGCAUAGAAUCUGCUGUUGGCGUGGACAAGUCCGAUCGAGAGGACAAUACUGUUUCCUGAGAAAAGUCAAGUCUCAACGUGUCCCCCCCUUGUUCUACCAUUGAUGACGGCAGACCUUGGCCAUAGGAAGCAUUGUCGGUCGUAUAUUUGUAACCUUCAGUCGGAGCGCUCGAACAAGAUCGCAAAGAUUGGAACUUUUCAUAGUAUAUUGCCUUGUGUCUCCGAUCUUGAGCCUUCUCAUCGUAAGGGCGUAGUUCUAUAUCUGAGACUGAAGUCCUUGCGUCAUCAAGAACUUCAUCCUCACGCAAACUUCCAGAUGCAACCACAGUGAAACGCUCAUUCUCUUCUCUGUCGCUGUUCGGUUGCACUUUUGUGCUCGCCUGGCCUUGAGGCAAACAGACUUCGCUCGGUGCGCCAGUCGAAAAGUCUUCUGGUUCUAUCGCCGGCUCCUGAGCGUUUGCCUCUACCUGCGAAACCUCGUCGUCCUCUUCAGAAGCAACUGAAGAUGCUUGGCUGCCCUUGGAACUGUUUGAAACAGAGUUGCUGCUUCUGUUUGUCCAUCUUGCAACGACACUACGGGCCCUUAGCUUGCUGGAAUCCACAGGACUCGACAGCUUCGAAACUGGAGAUGGUUCGGUGAUUAAAUGAGCGAACUUGGGCCCAUAGGUGCGCCGAUCUGUGUUGGAACCAGUGGCGACCAAAGAUUUUUCAUCACCCUGAGAGCUUGGCUCCGUGUU